UGUUCAAAUGGGGCUAAAAGUGCGGGCGGUCUUCUUUGACCUGGACAACACGCUCAUCGACACAGCCGGGGCCAGUAGAAAAGGCAUGUUUGAGGUAAAAAAGCUCUUACAGUCAAAAUACCAUUACAAAGAAGAGGCUGAAAUAAUCUGUGACAGAGUUCAAGUUAAACUCAGCAAGGAAUGUUUUCAUCCUUCCAAUACAUGCAUUACUGAUCUAAGGAUUUCACACUGGGAAGAAGCAAUUCAGGAAGCAAAGGGUGGUGCAGCCAAUAGGAAAUUGGCUGAAGAAUGUUAUUUUCUGUGGAAAUCUACACGUUUACAGCAUAUGACACUAACAGAAGAUGUCAAAGUAAUGCUUACAGAACUUCGUAAAGAGGUCUGCCUACUUUUAUUAACAAAUGGAGACAGACAGACCCAGAGGGAGAAGAUCCAGGCUUGUGCCUGUCAGUCCUAUUUUGAUGCUCUUGUCAUAGGUGGAGAACAGAAAGAAGAAAAACCAGCACCUUCCAUAUUUUAUUACUGCUGCAAUCUCCUUGGAGUACAGCCUGGGGAGUGUGUGAUGGUUGGUGACACACUAGAAACCGAUAUACAAGGAGGCCUCAAUGCAGGACUGAAAGCAACAGUCUGGCUAAAUAAAAACGGAAUAGUGCCACUGAAGUCAUCACCCGUGCCACAUUAUGUAGUUUCUUCUGUGCUAGAGUUACCUGCUCUCUUACAAAGUAUAAAGUGCAAAGUCAGUAUGUCAGCUUAAAACAAAAAAGGGCAUGGUUAUGUAUUUUAUAGGAUUUGAACUAAGAAAAGUUAAGGCAUUCCAAAUUAUAUGAUCUAGUUCUAAGACUAAUUUUAUUUAUUAUUUAAUAGCCAAUCAACAAUUAACUAGUAUUUAUAUCUGGAAAUCUAGAAUAAAUUAAUACAAGUUACUUUUAGUAGUAUAAUAGAAAAAACUUGAAGAAAUAUAUUAUAUGCUAAUCUGUGACUUGAGAUUUUUUAAAAAAUUGUUUUAUUAAUCUUUUAGCAUCUGGAAUCCAAGGAGGUACCAAGCAGAAUAACUUAUGCAUAGAUACACAAAUACAGGUUUUAUGUACUGACUUAAAAAUAGAUAUUUUUAAAAAAAUAGACAUCUAAAACAUGUAAUAGAGUUUUACCAGAGUAACUGUAUCUGGUUAAUAUGAAAUAAGUACUAAGUCACAUGUUAAUCAAGGCAUU